CCUUCGUGCAGUACUAUGGAUAACCCCCCACUACGGGGUCCCCUCCUCCCACAUCUAGUAGGGCACCAACCGCACCCUUUCCUGCCUGCAUCCAAGCCAACGUCUCCCGCAUCCCAGGCGUCCCGCGCGUGGCGGCAGCGGCAGUUCCAUUCCGUGACCUUCGCCAACGGCCCGUGUGUCACCGGCUCCAAGAUGUUAAAAUAUUUUACUAAGACGUGGCGCCACAUGAAGAUUUACUACACUACCGUUUACCAGGAAAUAUGGGUUGGGUUGGCCUUAACCUCCUAUGUCUAUUACAAACUCUCCUUUGGUCGUAAAAAAGCAGUGGCAGACAAAUCUUCUUCUGGCCAUCAUUAAAUGGCUCUUCAUUGAGUAUGCAUUCCAUGACUUGUCAUCUCUGCUAUAAAUGAAGCAAGCUACCAUCAUAGGGAAGUUAAUUGGACCGCAUAAGCAUUGUACAGUCCUACAACUGUAUGUAAUCCACUGUACUACAUAGGAGGAAUAAAUGUGUUGAGCAAGAA